AUGGGUACAAAAAUAUCAUUAAACUUGAUUAAAAAUUGGCAAAAAUUAAUUAGUGAUAUAGAUUUUACCGAUUUGGCUGCAUUAUUAAUUCAAGAUCAAAUCAUAACAGUUGAUGAAUAUCAAACAAUAUUAGUACAAACAGAAUCGAGAGCAAUGGAAAACUUUUUGGUUAUGCUUUUGAAAAAAGAUGAAGAAACCAUACUUAAAUUUGCUGAAAUUUUAAAAAAAGAUUACAGUUGGAUUGCAAAUAAUUUAUUGGAUGGUAUUGUGAAAGAGGAAGGUCAUGAUGAAAUCGAUGCAUCACCAGUCACAAGAUUAGAUGUUAAAAAUGAAAUUGAUCACGAUAUAAGUUCUCAAAAUACAAAUUCAACCAGUGUUGAUUGUGAGGAUUAUCAUAGUUUAAAUUCACUUAAUAAAACAAAUAAAAUGAAUAACACAUUCAAUUUUUUAAAUAAUAAAAGAACAAUUAUCGGACGUAAAAGGGUAUUGAAAGCAAGAAUUAAAAAUGAUUUUCAUGUAACUGAUGAAGUUAUUUCAAUAGUUCGCAAGAGUCCAUUAAUUUCAAAAAGCUGGACAACUAUUGCACAUGCUUUGGGACUUACUGAUAGAGUUCAUGAAAUACGAUUUAAAGUUGUUUUGCAUGGAGAAGAUUUAAGUAUGAGUGUGGUGUACCUUAUAAAAGAUUGGUUAAAAAUCCUACAAUUCACAAUUUCUGAACAUUUAAGUGAUGUUAUGGCAUUUAAGUAA